AUGUUUCCUGCUACGUCACGUCUGGUUUUGUUUGUAGCGAAAUUCGUUCGGUGGUUGCUGUCGUUAUUCAUGAUCGCUAUACUUAUGGCAGAAGCAUUAGUACAAUUCGCCAUCAUGUUGAUAAAGUAUGUGCAAUUGUGUAAUUUUUUUUUUUUUAUAUAUAAAAAUAACCGUACAAAAUUAAUUCCCUAACUCUUUCUUUCGGGUAUUUAAAACGAUUCGUAUGGGCUUACACGCAGGUUUUGUUGUUAAAAUAUAAAAAUUGCAAUUUUUCGUUUUGUUUGUUUGCGGAUUUCUUUUGGUUAUAACAUGUGAACAACUUCGUUAUUAUAGGAAUAAAACUUUUUUUUUUUUUUAAUCCUAUAACAAAAUCAAAUUGUAAUUAUUUAAAGUCACCGCUAUACUGCAAAACGCGUACGCGACGGGUACAUAUUAAACAAAAAGAAAAAUACCGUUUUUUUGUCCUGCACGGUCAUUUCCAAAACCAUGCGUGGGUACCGAUCGAUUCGUACAAGGUAUUUGUUUUUUUUUUUCUUUAAAACGGUUUGUCGUUAAUUUCACGGGGAAUGUAAACACAGAUACAGACACAGUAUUAUAUUAUUUUUGAUAUUUUUAAUGUUUUCGAAAUUCGUGUACCCACUGUUAACGAUAAAUCGUAAAUUUAUUUACAGCGAAUUCAUACGAAAGUUGGAACCCAAAUCGGCUAUUCUCGAUACGCGCAAAGUACCCUCUGGAACUUCAGAUCCGCACACUACCGUCGGUCAGAGCCGGACCGUAGGCACAACGCGACGCGUCAUACCGCCCGCCGAAACACGGCCAACCGUCGAUCCGUCAAGUGAGUGCAGUGAUUAUUAUACAAAAUUAAAUGUCCAACAUCGGAAUCGUGUGUAUGUUUGUAAAGUGAAUCGCUUAUUACGCCGAAGUUCGAACCGAUUAGAACACUACCUACGCACAUUAUAAAAACGAAAAUAACUACAAUAUAAAAUUUUUCCCGACACGAACGUUGGGUUAGGGUUUAUCGUGAAUUCGAAAAUAUAUCAUCUCGAAUAUAAUAUUGAGGAGAUGAGAGUUAUUGAAACCGUUCAAAUUUUUCCGGUUUCGUUAAAUUCGAUAGUUAUUUCGUACCAUUUUACGACCACCUUAACGAUAAGUCUGUUCGUUAAACUAUAUAACCGUCCGAACACUAUCGUUUUUAUACGGACUUUAAAUUUAAAAUAAUAUUCAGUCAAAAUAUCCGCAGGAAUAUAAUUUACGAAUAAAAGAAAUUAUACUCUUUGUAUACCCUAUACUUAAUUUUUAUUAGCCGUCAACGUGUCGAGUUCUAUACAGACCGACAAAAUUGAAGCGGACGGAUCUGUGAAACGCUGCAAAGAAAAUAUAGAUGCUAUAUUUAACACGAUGGAUGAACGCAAUCUACUAACCAAGGUCACUAUUAUUAUAUUGUUAUUUACUUACUUGAAUUAAAACUUGUACGAACAAUGUCACUAAAAUACGCUGUAGCCGGUUUAAUAUGUCAAUAAUUUUUUUUAUUUUAUUUUAUAUCUUAUAUAGUGUAAAGAAAUAAAAAAAAUUAUCUUUGAAACCAAAGAGAAAUGUUUACCGUGGUUAGCACGGUAUAUCAUUACGAAACGCAUCAGCGUAGAAUCAAGUCAUCAUAGCAUGUGCUUAAAAUUGUUGAACAUAUUAAACAACGAAAUUCUCACGGAAUUAAUAACGCUAGAAACUGAAUCAGAUAUUAAAGUGAGUAGGAACAUUUUUUUUUUUGUUUGACUAGUUUUUAUAUGAUAAUUAUGGAACAGAUUAUAUUAAAUCAGAAUCCGUAAAAAAACACUAGUGGAAUACUUGAGUAGUUUUAAAAAGUUUAAAAAUUUUUUUUUUUUAGAACACGUACAAAUUUAUUUGAAAAAAAUUAUUUUAUUUUAAUCUUUUUUGUAGCGCUUUUUGUGGAUUUUAGGUGUAUAUAAAUCCGUUCUCCAAUGAUAAUGAAUACGACUUAUUUUAAAAUAAUAUCUCGUGUAUCUCGAUAGGCGUUAUUAAGCAAAGAUGAGGAGAGUCCUAUAUGUAGGAAAACUUUGAACAAUUUGGGAAGUUGGUACGGGAUGAUGACCCUGGCCAAAAACAAACCGAUCGGUAAGACGUUUGAAGACUUGAAGACGCUACUGAUAAAGGCGUACCAAGAAGAAAAACUGACGUACACUCUGCCGCUUGUUACGAGAAUUCUUGAAACAUGCGCUAAUAGCACAGUAUGUCGAAUACGUUUCGUUCUUAUCGAUUUAAUUUCUGAUAAUUUGUUGGUAUAGUAUAAUUCUAUUUUGUUUCAUCAUAGGUAUUUAACACUACCAGCCCGUGGACGUUGGACGUGUUAUGUUGUUUGAGUGAACUACACCGCCAACCUGGUCUAAAAUUGAAGUUCCAAUUUGAAAUCGAAUUAUUGUGUAAAAAAUUAAAAAUUGAACUCAAGGUGAAAAUAUUAAUAAUUAAAAUCGUGUUGUCUGUAAACUGAAAUUUUAUGUUUCUGUUAUUUAGGAUUUGAAGCCCGCAACGAGUUAUUUCAUUUAAAAUCCAUUGAAAAAUUGUUGCAUACGAAAGUCUUACCUGCUUAAUUAAAAUGAAAAUUUGUCCUCACGCAUUCCUCUCUCCGUCGUGUCGACAGCGGUUUACGAACACAAUUGUUUUCUACAAUUUUCUUGUGUUUGAAUCAAUAAUGUAUUUUUUAAGAAAUUUAAUAAAAUGUUUUCCCCGUUGUUAAGAAUGUGAAGUAACUCCGAGAUGCUGAUUGUUUUUGUCAAAAUUUUAUCCUGAAACAAUUAUUGUAAAAAAAAAAAAAAAAACUACUAUACAUUACCACCUAUUACAACUUACAAUAUAAUAAAUCUUGUGAUAAAUUUAUUGUCAAGC